AUGUCUACCUCUGUUGUGCUUUUUCCCCUGGCAGUGUCCCUCCAAGGGGAGCCCCAGCGGAGGCUGUACAAGGAUCUUAUGGCCAACUACAACCCACUAGAAAGGCCAGUGUUCAAUGACACCCACUCCCUCACCGUCAACUUCAGCUUUAGUUUGAUGCAGAUCAUGGACGUGGAUGAGAAGAACCAGGUUUUAACAACCAACAUAUGGCUGCAGCUGUACUGGAAUGAUUAUUACCUGCAGUGGAAUCAGUCUGAAUACCCUGGGGUGGACAAUGUGAGAUUCCCUGAUAGCCAAAUCUGGAAGCCAGACAUCCUGCUGUAUAACAGUGCCGACGAGAGGUUUGAUGCUACCUUCCAUACCAAUGUGUUGGUCAACUCCUCUGGGUCCUGCUCCUACUUGCCUCCAGGCAUCUUCAAGAGCACCUGCUACAUUGAUGUGCGCUGGUUUCCCUUUGAUCUCCAGAGGUGUGACCUGAAAUUUGGCUCUUGGACCUAUGGGGGCUGGUCUCUGGACCUACAGAUGAUUGAGGCAGAUAUCACAGGUUACAUCCCCAAUGGAGAGUGGGACCUAGUGGAGGUGCCGGGGCGCAGAAACGAGCGCUUCUACGACUGUUGUAAGGAGCCUUACCCUGACGUAACCUUUACUGUGGUGAUGCGUAGACGUACCCUCUACUAUGGCCUCAACCUCCUCAUCCCAUGUGUUCUCAUCUCCACCUUGGCCCUGCUCGUCUUCCUGCUGCCUGCAGACUCUGGGGAGAAGAUAUCACUAGGGAUAACAGUGCUGCUCUCACUGACCGUCUUCAUGUUGCUGGUUGCAGAGAUCAUGCCUGCAACCUCUGACUCAGUACCUCUAAUCGCUCAGUACUUUGCCACCACCAUGGUCAUUGUGGGUCUCUCUGUGAUCGCUACGGUUCUGGUCUUACAAUAUCACCAUCACGAUCCUGAUGGAAGCAAGAUGCCUAAGUGGACUCGGGUGAUUCUGCUCAACUGGUGCGCCUGGUUCCUGCGUAUGAAGCGGCCCGGUGAGGACCGUGUACGCCCGGCCUGCCACAACAAGCAUCCCCGUGGGAGCCUCACCAGCCUGGACCUGAACGCCAGCGCCUCAGCCCCCCACUCCACCAACGGCAACAUGCUCUACAUCGGCCUGGAGAGCAUGCACUACGCUACAGCUGCCACCUCCCCCGACUCCGGGGUGCUGUGCGGCCGUCUGGUGUGUGGUGGGAGGGAGGACGAGGUGCUCUUGCCCACGCGGCCCACCUCUUCGGCGGGGAGCCUGGAGCCCGAUCUGGCCAAGAUCCUGGAUGAGGUGCGCUACAUCGCCAAGCGUUUCCGCGACCAAGAUGAGGAUGAGUUGGUGUGCAACGAGUGGAAGUUUGCGGCGUCAGUGAUCGACCGGCUCUGUCUCAUGGCCUUCUCUCUCUUCACCAUCCUCUGCACCAUCGGUAUCCUCAUGUCGGCACCUAACUUUGUGGAAGCCAUUUCCAAAGACUUCUUUACCUGAGUGCUUGAAACGUUCACAUGCAAUACACUACAUUGUUUUUGAAAUCUUAUGGAAAAUCGUGUUGUAUGUAACUGGCUUAAAGGAAUCUAGGCCUUAGAUGUUACAGCCAACCAACACAGAAGAGUUAAUAGCCAUGCCUUGUAUAGCUUUAUAAAUACCAAGGUUACUUCAAUUGAAUCCAAUGUGUUUUUGUCCACUUGAGUAAUUGCUUAUUGGCUACCCUUUAUAACGUUUCAAACGUUUUCUCUUAUGUGGUGUAAAGAAAAAUUGAUGGAUACCUUUGGGUUCAAGGUUUCUGUCAAAGUUAUUGUUGGUUUUGUGUUUGUAGAGCGUGUGGUGAUAUGUAGUGUGUAGUUUUCUGUGAUUUGAAAAUAUCCAUCACAAAAACACCUUUUUGAGUUUCGGCAACUUUAUUGCAUCAUCAUCAUUAUGUCUACAAGAACAAAACACAAUACUCCAUCAGCAUUAUGUUUGCACCUGUACAUUUAAAAAAAAAAAAAAAAAUUGAUUUAAUUGCCUUUUUGUUUAUUUACUGAUCAUUUCAAUACGUCGUAGUGCUUGGGCUUAGAAAGCAUCCCUAGAAGAUUUGUAACAGGUGCAGCAUGUCCUCCAUCAGCCUGGUCUCAUAGACUAGACGUAACAUAGUAAAUAUAAUCAAAUUAGUAUAUGUUAUGUUUGGUAUGGUUACAUAAGACAGUGUCUUGGAUUUACGUAAAUAAUAAUAUGAAAUGCUCUAAGACCAGGUGGCCUCCAUUCAUGACAUUCUCACUAAAGUGUUUGUUACCACUUGUUUUUUGUGUUUGUUUUUUUACAGUUUUACUGUAGAUGCUGUUCAUGGAAUUUGAGGACUGAUGUCAGUGCAUACUUCCUCUCUAAAACACAUGAAUGGAAUUUGAGGACUGAUGUCAGUGCAUACUUCCUCUCUAAAACACAUGAAUGGAAUUGAACCCGUUUUGA